UGUAAGGUGAGAUAUCGCUAAGUUUUGGGAGGGGAAGAUACCGCGUUGAAGCCGUCUUACCUACUCUCACUGGCCCUACGGGGCUGGGCGGAAUGGAACGGACUGGGGUGAUCCCUCAAGGCUGCCUCAUCCAAUCUGUGCCGUGCCGCGCUGAUGAGAGGGGAUUGACUGACAGGGUUUGGGCCUAAAUAUGUCAAACCUUGAACAUUGAUUAAUUACCUUGAAUCCAUUCCUACUCGUUUUGCUUCAUCUUCACCUUUAAUGUGACGUCUUUCCUCAUUCCCUCUCCCAUCAACUUUCAUAUGGGCCCUCGCUCCGUUAACAAUUACUCACUCACAACUGCCGCGUCAGCAACACAUCCAUCAGUCAGCCUUACCACCGCAAAACGUAACCCACCAGAAAUGCUAUGAUGGCUACCUCGAGCGUCUUCUCCGCUCGACGUCGCACGUCACCCGGUGACUCUGACGACACCGAUAUGAGCUUCCCUCGCUGCGCACCCGGAAGACGUAUCCCCAGCUCAGAAUGGGAGAAGAAACGCCCGGUAAUCACGAAGCUCUACCAGGAAGAGAAGCGCCCGCUCAAAGAGGUCAUGGAAGUCCUCGAGCGUGAACAUGGCUUCACUGCAACUGUCAAGAUGUACAAGUCGAGGAUUUGGAAGUGGGGUCUUGAUAAGAAGCUCAAGAGUGAUGAGGUUCUCGCUAUUCUUAUCUUGAGGACUGAACGUGAGGCGCAGGGAAAGAUAUCAGAGUUUACUAUACGUGGUCAACCAGUCGAUCUGGAUAACAUCAACAGAUACAUCCGACGGAAUCCGGGACUUGUUGCGCGCUUCAGAGCAGGUGUUGUGCCCAGCAUCCAGACGACUCUCGAGGUCCAAUGUCGAACACCGUCACCAACACCAAGUCAUCACUCGUUACCACCACCGAAGGAGAUUUCCAAUGUCGAAAAAGUUCUCAAUCUAUUUAGGGACUACUUCGAUACAUCUUUCACCAAUGGAGCAUGGAACCAUGAAUAUAACGGCGACUGUGUCAGCCUAAAGCCGGGUGAUCGAAGCGUUGAGCUGUUUGAACGUGUCGUCGCCAGCUUUGGUCUUGUCAACAGGUCAAUGAUGAGAAAGGACGAGAUCUCAAUAAGCACUCUCCUCACUCCAGCAUUCGAGUCACUCAAGGAGAUAAUCGCCUCCGAGAGCCCAGUUUUCGCUGUACGCACAGCUUUCCUCUUGUGGUAUCUCCAUCGAUUUCACAAGGAAGACCUUCUUCACAUUGUCAUGAACUACCUCGCUGGCUUAGUACCUAUUGUACUGGGUCAUGAUCACCCGAUGACACGAAUCUGGAAAAUUAUUGGGUCUCAGGACUUCUCCGAUCAUUACGAACUCUCCACACGACUCUACUCUUCUCUCGUACCUCUCUUUGAGGAGCGAAUUGGAUUCGCCAAUUCCCUAACCACAAUUUUAUACUGCGACCACAUCGAUUGUCUUGUCCAUCAUGGUCAAACAGCAGAGUCACUCAGUGUCGCUACACAAUACAGAACCCGGGCAGAAGCCACACAAUUACGACAUCCUUGGCUCCGCGAACUUGCAAUCUUACAAACAGGCAUCAUGUGCAAUGCGAAAACAGCCGAGGGGAAGAUCGAAGAGGCAAUGCAGUGUCUUCAAACGCUAAAAGAUUGGGACCUGAACGAAGAACAACAAGCCGGUAUGAACAUUCAACUAGGCAACUACAGCUAUCAAAUGGGUGACUUCUCCUUGGCAAUUGACUGCUUCCGUGAAGCGUCACGCCUCAUAACCGCCAGCCAAGGCGACGAGAGGAUCCACCUCACAUGUCUCGCAAACCUUGAGUCUGCACUGCGCAAGAGCGGAGAGGCUGACGAGGCAGCCCAAGUGCAUGAGCUACGACUCACACGGCUAUCAGAAUUUGCCAAGGAGACAGGCACCUUUGCAAAUCUGCCUGAAUCCUGCGCUGCGGCCGUGAGUCCGGGCGAUAGUUACAGCUGGGACGCUCAGCAAGUGUCUGAUUGGCACUGGAGUGAGGAUGGGCACGGUAGUGCGAUGCCUACCUUGGGAUUGACAUGAUGCCUGCAGCAUAUGCUUACUGAAUUGUGUUUCAAGAUACAGGGGGGUACUAUACGAUGUGGAAUAUGGCGUUGUUUGUAUAUAUUGAGCGAGGAUUUUGGGAUUUAACGCUUUACGACUUAACAUUUUAUUACGACGAAGACACCAUUAGGCAUGAAUUCAAGAGACACAGAGGAAAAUAUCUGCUUGUACUGAAAUACAGAUGAUUGAAAGAAGGAUCAGGCUAGAAGACUAGCUGGUGGGCAUCUUUGACGAAAGCGGUAUCAUUUUUCGAGGCCACGACUGGCGACCUCCCGGGGCUGUGUACAUCGGUUUAGUUGAAGCGGGACCUGAUCAUGGAUCUUCAAAGACUUGAUCCACCUUAUAAAAGCUUAUUUUAUUGUUCUUGACUCUGUCUUUCAUGAUGUGACU